CGCCCUCAUUGUUUUUCUUUACGUUUGGUGUUUUCAUUCUGGAAAAUGAAAAAAGUCGUUUAUUUUUUAAGAUAAAAAAACACGUAUUUCACUGUAACUGUAAUAUUCUAAAUGUCAGUAUUUUAAAUUUAACUAAUUUAAAUCUUUAACAAAGUAAAUUGUGCAUCAUUUAUUCUUGUAAUGGCGGAAAGAGCUCAAAGGCAAGUGAAGAAAAAUCAGGAUUUGCAACGCAUUUUAAAUCAACAGAGGGAAAGAACACAAAUGCGACAGAUAAGGAAAAUCUUAAAAAAGCCAUAUUCAGACAGAACGGAAGAAGAAUUAAAAAUUUUAGAUAGCGUACCUGACUUAGUCCAUCAGAUACAGAAUAGUAUUCAGAAACAUAAGUGUUUAAAAGAAAGAACUAAAGAGAUACAAGAUGAUCCAGAAACAUUGGCCUCUAAAUGUGCACAACUGUCACAAGCAUUAAAGGAAUCGUCAUUUACUGUUGUGUAUACAGGUGCCGGUAUAAGUACAUCAGCUCAAAUUCCUGAUUAUAGAGGACCAGAUGGAAUAUGGACAUUAUUGCAACAAGGGAAGGAAAUAAAGUUUAAGGAUUUGAGUCUUGCUGAGCCAACUUUUACUCAUAUGGCAUUGAAACAACUUCAUAAAGAAGGUUUCAUAUCUCAUAUUGUUUCUCAGAAUUGUGAUGGAUUGCAUUUAAGAAGUGGCUUACCAAGGAGUGCAUUGUCCGAAGUGCAUGGCAACAUGUUUAUUGAGGUCUGUCCAAAAUGUAAACCAUUAAAGCAGUAUAUACGUCUUUUUGAUGUCACAGAACGAACUGGUUUGCAUCGACAUAAAACUGGUCGUUUUUGUAAAAAAUGUGGAACAGAAUUACAUGAUACCAUUGUUCAUUUUGGUGAAAAAGGGACUUUGUCAUGGCCAAUGAAUUGGAAAGGAGCUGUCAAAGCAGUAUCAAAAGCUGAUUUGAUUCUGUGUCUUGGAACAAGUUUAAGGGUGUUACGAAGAUACCAUGGUCUUUGGAUGACUCAUAAACCUCAUAUCAAGCGGCCUAAGUUGUAUAUAGUAAAUCUACAGUGGACAUCUAAAGACACUCAGGCAACUUUAAAAAUACAUGGUAAAUGUGAUGAAGUUAUGAAGCAAGUGACAACAUACCUUGGAGUAAAUGUACCAAAAUAUGAAAAGGAAAGUGACCCAAUUUUUAAUCUGGCUUCACCAUUAACAAGUCGUGAAACUUCAACCACCACAAGACUUCAUUUAACAAAAAGUUCUAAUGGUUUGGUGAAUCAUUAUGAUGCUUUGGAUAAAAAAAUAAGCCAUGAUAUACCAGAAUCUCAAGUUAAAAUUGAAACUAUUGCAGAACAAUCAAAAAAAGAUGUUAAAUCAGACACUGAGGUUAGGAACUCAGAAAUGCAUAUGGACACUAAUGAAGUGAAUGCAUUUUUACCUCAUAUAAAAUUAUUAGACAUUACAUCAGCUAGCUCACUACUGAAAUUAAAUGCUGAAAGAAUUGACUCCAGGACAUAUUUCAUAAAAAGUGAGAAUAGAAAAGACUUACAGGGUAAUACAACAACCUUCUCUGGCUGGUAUGGGAAAGGUUGCGCUAAAUGGAAAAAAUAUAGGAGAAAGACUAACACACCAUAUAAAGUUUGAAGGUAGAAAAAUGAAGGAUGAAUAUAUUUUAUAUAGGAAUAUAGAAUUUGUUGAUUAAGUAACCAACUUGCAGUUCUUGGUUCGGGUGUGUCAAUUUACUACAAUGUUUUUUACAGAAAAGCGCAAUUAAGUAAUAGCUGAAUUACAAACGUGUUUAUUAAAUGUGGCAAGGUUUUGAGCUUUAUCAUAACAAUGAAAGUUUUUUUCAAAGUGUAAAAUUUAGAUUAUAAUGCAAAAUAAAUGUAUUCUUUAUAAUAAUCUUUUAUUUGUUGAAAAUCGUCUGCAUUUAUCCACAUUGUAAAAUUUUUAUCUCCUGAUAUAUAAAGCUAUGCAAUUUUAAAAUAUUUAUUCCCUGUUCUGCUCCAGUCUGUGAUGUUAAGCAUUUGUUUUUACUCUGUAAAUUUAUGUAUUUUUCAAACAUAAUUUGCAUAAUUUGAGUGUGAAAUUAUGUGUUUAUCAUUAAUUAAUGUAUUGUACAUAAAAAUUUGGUAAAGAAUGGUGUAAUUAAGCCUCCAAAUUAAUUCAUUUGCACUAUGUUUCAUCACAAUUCUCUUACGUUAAUAAGAAAUUUGUUUUGCAUUUUUUGUUAGUUUUUAUAUUUUUUAUCGAUUGUUAAAGUUUGUAAAAACUCAGCAUGCUGAUUUAUAUUUAUUUUUUUAUUAAAUCACUUUAGAUUGAUUCCUUAAUUAAAAUUAUAAAUUCUUUAUAUAUAUAUACACAGUAAUACCUGGGUGCACAUUAUUAAUCCAUUCCAGAUCCUUAGUCAUAUACCAAACUAACUGUCC